AUGUCCAUGGAUGUGACGUUUCUGGGGACAGGCGCAGCCUACCCGUCCCCGACCCGGGGUGCUUCUGCUCUGGUCCUUCGGUUUGAGGGCGCAUGCUGGCUCUUUGACUGUGGCGAGGGGACUCAGACACAGCUCAUGAAAAGCCAGCUUAAAGCAGGAAGAAUUACCAAGAUCUUCAUCACUCAUCUUCACGGUGACCAUUUCUUCGGCCUGCCCGGGCUCCUGUGUACAAUCAGCCUGCAGAGUGGCCCUGUGGUCACCAAACAGCCCAUCGAAAUCUACGGCCCAGUGGGCCUUCGGGACUUCCUGCUGCGGACCAUGGAACUCUCUCACACCGAGCUGGUCUUCCCGUACGUGGUCCACGAGCUGGUGCCCACCGAGGAUCAGUGUCCUGCAGACGAGCAGAAAGACUUCACCCCCGUGAAGCCAGCAGACAGCCCUCCCACAGAGGGCCAAGGGCGGACUAUCCUGUUAGACUCGGAAGAGGACUCCUACCUCUUGGUCGAUGAUGAACAGUUUGUGGUGAAAGCAUUUCGCCUCUUUCACCGGAUUCCCUCUUUUGGGUUUUCUGUCAUGGAGAAGAAACGCCCGGGUAAACUCAAUGCGCAGAAACUGAAAGAUCUCGGUAUUCCACCAGGUCCUGCCUAUGGGAAGCUGAAAAAUGGAAUUUCUAUUGUUCUGGAAAAUGGGGUUACAAUUUUCCCCCAAGAUGUUUUAAAAAAGCCAGUCGUUGGAAGAAAAAUCUGCAUCCUGGGUGAUUGUUCAGGGGUCGUGGGUGACGGAGGGGUGAAGCUGUGCUCCGAAGCUGACCUGUUGAUCCACGAAGCGACCCUGGAUGACACCCAGAUGGACAAAGCCAAGGAGCAUGGCCACAGCACACCGCAGAUGGCCGCAGCGUUUGCGAAGCAGUGCCAAGCAAAGAGGCUGGUUCUGACUCACUUCAGUCAGAGGUACAAACCAGUUGCCUUGGCCAAAGAAGGAGAAACAGAUGGUAUCGCAGAACUGAAAAAGCAAGCCGAAUCAGUGCUAGAUCUCCAAGAAGUGACUCUUGCGGAAGAUUUUAUGGUGAUUGGCAUUCCACUCAAGAAAUGA